CUUGUCUCGUUUAGUCGUUGAAGUCUGUCUCAGAAAUCUGUCUUUCUCAUUAUCGUAAAACUCUUCCUGUGAAACGACCGCAACUAUAUUACACGAUACUGGACGUUAAAAGAAAAAAGAUAGAGAAAGAGAUAUAGAAAAGAAGAGACACAAAUAAUUUUGAAUUUGAAAUCGAAUGUUCGAAUAAUCACGUUAAAUAUUAUAACUUUUGCGAAGAAACAAUUAAAGAUAAUAAAAGCAAGUGUCAAUAAGUUUAUCGAGCCAUUGUGCUCAUAUUUCGUAAUUCGUAAGAGUGAAAUGACAAAUUGCUGACAACAGCAAAGAGGAACGGUAGAACAACAGAAAUGACGACUUUAACGACUAAUAACGUCGAAGAGAGAGAAAAAAAAGAUCGAAAUCUGACGGAAAUUGAUCAAGUUAUUUGUGAGGUGGACGAUGAUAUUACAUUGGAGGAUCUGGCACCGGACGGUGGUUGGGGGUGGAUGGUGGCUUUGGCGAUGAUCAUCGUUCUUGUGACGACACUCGGACCGGCUUCGUCUUUCGCCAUAAUUUUCGGUGAUUUUCUCGUGACUACUGGUCAGACUGGAACUGCCAUGACGCUCUUUAAUUCCGUCUUCAUGAUCACUUUCUCCAUCUCUAGUUUACUAACGAAUGCAUUAUUGAAGAAAUAUUCGAUGAGACCAGUUGGAAUCGCGGGUGCAAUGUUCUUCUCCAUACCAAACGUCGCAUUGGCAUUCGUUAAUAAUGUCUACGAAAUGGCAUUCAUAUUCUUUCUUCAAGGGAUUGGAAUAGGUCUUCUUAUUACGAUAUGUAACACGAAUUUCAACGCUUAUUUCGUGAAGAAACGUACCCGAGUAAUGAGCCUGGCUCAAACGAUCACCGGUAUGGGUGGCAUCGCUUAUCCCAUUUGUAUUGAAAAAAUGAUGUCAAUGUACGGUUUUCGAGGAACCGCGGCGUUGACAGGUGCUUUCAGUUUGAAUUGCAUCGCCGGUAUGACGAUGAUGCAUCCGGUCGAGUGGCAUGCCAGAGAUCCGGCAGAGGUUCGUGCAGAGAGAAUUCGCGAGGCUGACGAGAGAAAAUCGAAAGAACUCGCUAUAUCGAAGCGACGUUCGACCAUUCAUGUCUAUCAAGAGUCUGCAUCGACCAGGAGAUGUAGUUUACGUAGUUUAAAGGAUGAGAGUUCCAACGAGGUUCCUCUGCUAAUCGAUUCUUACAAGACUCAUGCAAAGAAAGUCGCAUCGAUUUCCGAGCUUGAAAGUCCUCGUUUGAGAUCGUCGUCCUUGUCGGCACGGGAAGCUUUGACUAGAAAAUUCUCUGCCCUCUCGGCAUCGAGCUUGACAAACUUGGCGAGUGGUGUCGGGGCUUUUACAGAUAUCAGACACAAUCGUUUGGAUAAAAUCACCAAGGUGGCCGAUCAAAAGAAAGGAGACCAACACGAAGAAGUUCAGGGAUUAACAAUGUCUAAUAUGUUAUCCGAACUUUUGGAGAUGUCUCUGAUAAAAGAUCGCUCGUUUUUGAACCUAUGUUUCGGCAUCAGUUUCGUUUUUACGAGCGAUUUUACGUUUAGUUCACUACUGCCAUUAAUGUUGACCAAUUAUGGAUAUGAUACAAGCGAUGCUGCUUUGGCUGUUAUGGUUGGUGCUACAGCCGAAUUGAUUUCAAGAAUUUUACUUGCUAUUUUCACCGUUUUCGUCAAUGUCAAAGCCCGAUACUUGUUUUUCUUUGCCAUGAUUGCAAUGUCGUUCGCUAAAGCAGGAUUUUUAAUUUUCGAAAAUACCUUGAUGGGCGCAUUAGUAAUGAACGCAGCGAUUGGAAUGGUUCGUUCUUGGCUUCUAGUUCCUCAACCGUUAGUUAUCAUAGAGGAUAUUAGCAUCGACAAAUUUGCAUCUGCUUAUGGUAUUUUUGCGGUUGUCAACGGUAUCGUCUCGAUUUUUGUAGGUCCCUUUAUCGGGUUUGUUAAGGAUUGGACCGACAGCUACCGAGUUUGUCAAUACGCUAUGUUAGGAAUGAAUUCCAUUUUCGUCAUUCCAUGGGCUUUGCAGUUUAUUUUCGUAGAUCUUUUAAAAUGGAGGAAGGAGCGACGAAACAAAAUUGUAUCAUCCUCCCUUAAAUAACUCAAAUGGAGAGAGAUGGAGAAAGUAAUUAGUAUAAAUAUUCAAUACUAUAAGUGUACAGAAACUGAAGGCAGUGAACACGAUAAUGAUAAAUGUGUCAACGUUCUCUAGAAACAAGAAAUAAUUAUACUCUCUAUCGAUUAUAUUACAUCAAUUAUAUAUUAUACCAAUAAUUUUAUAUGACGAUUCGAAUCAAUCGUUCAUUUAUACAUACUUCGUGAUAGAACGUUUAUCUUAUUCCUAGCUUAUUUCUUAUCUUGCAUUUCUCCUGAUUGCACAGUGAAUGCAAAUCUUAUUACACUUUCAUGAAAACGAAAU